UUUCAAAAACUUGAUUUUGUGCAAUUUCAUAAGAAAGAAAAUACCAUAGUUUAAAUGAGAUGAAAUUUGAACUCUCAACUCAUGAGAUAGACGUGUCUAGUACAACCUCUGUAACGAUUACAACUUUUUACCGAUAAGAUAGACGCAUAUAGCACAACUGCCACACUGAUCACAGUCUAUGUUAAAUACAUUACUUGAGGGUAAAUAUAUUGAUUGAUUAACCAUUAUCAUUUCUUAGUACAACACCUUUGCACAGUCCUCAAUAAAGCCAAAAAAGGAAAAAUAGGGUGGGUUUGAGUGGGGUUUCCUCUUUCAUAAUUAAAGGCUACCUCCCCCCACCCUCACCCUUUUCUCAUAAGGCUAGACAAAGGUUUUGUGAGCUCCAUUUUUUCCACUGGUUCUUGAAGGCCUAAAGCCAUGUCCCAAACCUACUUCAUCAUUUUCCUCUUCUUAUCCAUUUACCUAUCCACAUUGCAUGCCCUGCCCCAAUUAUCCGACCCGGACCCAGCUCCGAUCAAUACCCAACCACUCUUACCCAACCGAUCACCCCCAGCAACAAUUCCUGCCUUCCCCGAAGAAUCAAACGUGGACGGGUGCCCGUUGGACCUCCCAGAUGACUUCUUCUCAGGGAUAAAAUCAGCAUGCGGAUCCGGGUCGAAGCACCACAGUCUAGAUCCGGAUUCAUAUUCGGGUCGCCUCCACAAAACGCGCUGCUGCCCUGUUCUUGGAGCUUGGCUCUACGCGGCCUAUUCGAAGACGGCACUUCAGAGGGCCAUCACCGGCGGCAAACCGGCUUCGACGACGCCGUCGUCUUCUUCUUCGUCGUCGGCGGCGCGUGAAGUGGACAUGCCACUCUUGCCGGACGAUUCCGAGACUUGUGUGGACAGUGUGGAGAAGGCAUUGGUGAAUAAAGGAGUGAAUUUGGUGAAGCCCAAUCAGACCUGCGAUAUUGUGUACUGUUACUGUGGAAUUAGGCUGCAUCCCUUGAGCUGCCCGGAAUCCUUUUAUGUGAAUUCACGAGGGAAGUUGGCUGGUGGCGACGCCGUGAAGAAGCUGGAGAAAGAUUGCUCCGGCGCCAACAGUCCGAACGGCUAUGCCGGCCUCAAUGGCUGCUCGAAAUGCUUGAACAGCCUUUUCCUGCUAAACGGCUACAAAGCUGGAAAUACAAGCAAGUUAGAGGAGAGGACAACUAAAAUGCGCAGCAAGGAUUGCGAGCUAAUGGGCUUAACAUGGCUUCUCCACAAGAACAGAACUGCUUAUAUCCAUACGGUAUCUUCAGUUUUGAGAGCUCUAAUGUCGAGCACUGAAGGUACGUAUCCCCAGUCAUGCACCCUCAACAGCGACGGCAAGCCUCUCGCUGUCGAUUCCUCAGAAAUUAACGACGAAUCUUCCUCACCAAUACUUCAGUUUUCGCUUUACCUCCUCCUGCUACUAUCAUUGUUUUCCAUCACCUUGGUUAUAUGAUUCACCUGAAUUGUAAUAGUAGCCGGCUUGCUGCAGUCUCUGUUCUUCCCCUCAGAACCUAGUAGUAUCAACAUGUGCCAUGAUUCUUUGUAUUGCUAAGCAUAGAACUUAGAACUAAAUUUAGUUCUACUAUAUAUAUGUGUAGCCCCCCCUUUAGGGAUGGUAAAUAGUACCAAGUUUUAUUGAAGAAAAAGAAAGGAAACAAAACCUAUGAAUGACCAUUCUCUGGUAAUGUACAGGUGCCAAAGUUUCUUCUACCCUCCCAAAUCAUUCCAAAUGCCAGUUACUUUUG